UCCCGCUGUCCCUGAUGUCCCCGCAGCCCCCAUAUCCGCACCCCCUGAUGUCACCGGAGCUCCCGCUGUCCCCCAUGUUCCCGCAGCUCCCGCAGUCCCCCAUGCCCCUGCACCCCCCGAUGUCCCCGCAGCCUCCGCAGCCCCCGAUGUCCCCGCAGCUCCCGCCUCGGGACGAGCCCACUGGCACCCGCAGCCUCCGGCCCGACCCGCCGGACCUGUCCCUGUCCCUGACCCCAUCCCUGACCCCAUUCCUGACCCCAUCCCUGUCCCCGUUCCUCCCUCCCGGCACCAUUCCCACCCUCCUGGCCCCGCCGCUUCCCGGCAGUGUCCCCAUGGCGUCCCCGGGCACCCGACUGCUCCUCGCCCUGCUCCUCACGGUCCCCCCGGCGUGGGGACAGGGGCGACGGCAGCGGCCACCCCGUCCCCAGAGUCCUUUGGAGGCGGUGGGGGCUCAGGAGGGGCUCAGCCUCUCUCAGCUGGCAGGGAAGUGGUUCCUGGUGGGAAUGGCCUCAUCCUGCAGGGACCUGGCGGAGCAGAGCCACCGGCUGCAGGCCACCACGGUGACAGUGACUGUCCCCGAUGGACACAGCAUGGACAUCAGCACCUUCAGGAAGCUGGAGGGGAUGUGCUGGGAGAUCCGGCAGCGUUACCACCCUGCCCAGACCCCCGGGCACUUCUCUCCCCCAGGCCGUGGCUAUGGCAAUAAGGUGGAUGUGGUGGUGGCUGAGACAGACCACAGCAGCUAUGCCAUCCUCUGCUACCAGAAGGGACAGAGCAUCUCAGUCAAGCUCUAUGGACGGAGCAGCCAGGUCAGCAAUGCUGUGGUGGAGAAGUUUGAGCAGCGUGUCAGGGCUGUGGGGCUGAGUGAGGAUGUAACCUACUAUUUCCCAUAUACGGGUUUUGCGACUCUGCAGAUGAGUUUCACAUCCUCGAUGAAAUGAAACUGUAGGUGCAGAGAGUCCACAUGAAGUCCACAGAGCAUCAUCAGCCACCCACAUCCACACAGGACACAGCUGGCACUUGCUGCUGCCUCCCAGCCCUGUGGAACUCACCAGCUCCUCCAGCUGACCCUGUCCUGUGCCCCCACAGCUUUGGGACAUCCCAGUGCCCUGCAGAGCCCACAACACC